GGACAGCACGGCGACCCACGCCGGCGUGCUCGCUCGCUUCCGGGUUACCCAAGCAGUGAGGACAAGGCAUUGGAUUCGGAGCAACAAUAUCCUAGGCCUGGCAGCCUGCCUGCUUGCUUGCUUCUGCGCCACUUUACUCUGCUUCUCUAGUCUGUACUCCAUCCUAGUCUGUACUCCAUCCUACCUACCGGAAUGUACCCAAAGUGGCAGUAGCUCCAGGACGCAGCAGCUGAACGAGGCCAGGACGCAGGACAACAGCUGAGCACACGCCCGGUGAGCCUGCAGAAGCAGUUGCUGCCUUGCCUUGCUGGGUUGAGCCCGGCCGUGUCUGUUUCCAUUCCAGUUCGGGCUCGCGUUGUCACUCGGAGGCUUGCAGGGCAGGAUCACAGGAGCGUGGGUUGACGACGAUCUCCAUUCUCCGAGGUGAAAUCUUUGCCCCAGCCAUGGUUUCCGUGCAAGCAAUCCGGUAGCCCGUCGCCGCCGUUCGAGUCGGCACUGCGUUUCUUGACGUUGGCAGGUUCUUCCGAGGAAUCGGAUGUGAAGCUGAAGCCGCCGGCCUCGAGCGAGGAGGGGAUGGAGGGAUCGAGGCCGAGGAGGGGCUCGCAGGCGAGGGUCCGCACCGUGCCGAUCGCCGUCACGCCGGAGGGCUUCUGGUGCUGCCCGUCCCCGGCGGCGCUGCACAAGAGCCUCAAGAACCCGCACCACCACCACGCCGGCGGCGGCGGCAACAAGCUGGCGCCGCAGCAGCAGAAGACCCCAUCGGCCCCUCCGUCCAAGGCGCCAUCAGUCCAGACCGCGCCGUCCGUGACCGACGAGCCACCGGCGCCCGUCGACGAGCCGCGGCGGCAGGACCAACCGGCCGCCGAGGCGCCGGCGCCGGCGGGUGGGCAGCAGGAGCCGCAGCACAAGAUCUGCGUCGGGUUCGGGCGGCCGGAGACCAGCGACCUGACGGUGAUGCUGUACGGGAAGGAGGGGAUCGCCGUCAGGAUGGGCGUGCACAGGGACGUCCUCUGCCGGAGCAGCGCCUUCUUCGCGGCGCGGCUCGCCGGCGGCCACGGCCCGCCGGCGCCGUGCGUGGAGAUCCACGACUGCGACGACGCGGAGAUCUACGUCGAGACCGUCGGCCUCAUGUACUGCGACGAGGCCAAGCACCGGCUGCUCAAGCAGAGCGUCCCCCGCGUCCUCCGCAUCAUGAAGGUUGCCGAGGUGCUUGGCUUCCAUGGAUGCGUCAAGUCAUGCCUGGAGUACUUGGAAGCCGUCCCUUGGGUCGGCGAGGAAGAAGACAACGUCGUCGCAUCGAUACGGCGUCUUCAGAGCAAGGAUUACGGAGUUACCCCGCUGCUAAGGAGGAUUUCAUCUGAGAAUCUGAACUCACCGGGUGACACAUUGGCAAACAUAAUGGAGAUGGUACUGACGAGCACCGAUGAUCGGGGGCGUCGGGAAAUGAAAGCCUUGGUUCUGAAUCUUCUCAAGGACAGCAGCCAUUGCACUGACGGAUCUUCGGACAUCUGUUCUGAAACAUUGUACAGUUCAUGCCGAGGUUGCUUGGACAGGCUCCAUCGACUGUUUACAGAAGCAUCUGAAGAGGAUUACUCAGUGAAUGUGACGCGGCGGAUCACCCUGGAGACUGAUAAUCUCCUAUGGCUGGUGGAGAUUCUUGUCACCCAGCGAAUCUGCGACGGCUUUGUGGCGAUGUGGUCGAGCCAAACAGAGCUUGCUGAAUUACAUCCAAAAUUGCCGGCAGCAUCUCGGUACACCGUGAGCUGCAUCACGGCGAGGCUGUUCGUCGGCAUUGGGAGAGGGGAGAUGCUUCCAUCCAAGAACACCCGUCUCAGUCUCCUGCAGGUGUGGCUGCAACCGCUGAUCGACGACUACUCGUGGCUGCAAUGCAGCUGCCGGUCGUUUGACAGGAAGCUCGUCGAGGACGGGAUCGGGCAGACGAUCCUGACGCUUCCAUUGGAGGACCAAAGGUCUAUGCUGCUGUCAUGGUUUGGGAGAUUCUUGAAGUUGGGGGAUAGCUGCCCGAAUCUACAGAGGGCGUUUGAAGUGUGGUGGCGAAGAACUUUCGUCAGGCCAUAUGUUAAUGAGGCUGAGGCAGGUAAUGUUUUAGCAUCAGAUAGGAGUUCAACUUGAAGUGGUAGGGGUGUUAAAUUUAGCUGACCAUAGAAUCUCUGUAUCCUGAGGGUAUUGUCUUGGUUGGUCAAUCUGAGAUGAGGCUGGUAAGAACUUGGGUGUUCUAUUUCCUCGUGUAAAGGUGUUGUGGUGGUACAGAUUUGUGCAACACUAAGUGUUUAACUAGUGUGUAAAAUCAGAGGGUUUUUCCCUAUUUAUGAGAAGAAAAUCACCAUCAAUGAAUCCCCUCAUUGUAUC